AUGGCUGUUCAUCAUCCAAAGCCACGCCAUCGUGAACCGUCAACCUCCAAGGUGAUCUCCCGCACGCAGGAAGAAUGCCCUUCAAUUCUGCCGCCCAUCACUAUUGUCUGUGAGCCUUGGAUGAACACGGCAUGGCAACGUCCUCGUCAGACAAGAAAACUCAAUCUAUAUCUCCCUGCCCCACCUCCCGUCUCACAGAAAAGGGCCAACCGGUGGCGCAGAUGGUCACAAGACGUCAUUCCGUCCCUACUUGUACCGUAUUUAUCCUAUAUCCAACAAACUUCGGUGUUAUGUUAUACCAAUGCACCAGGAGAAGCUCAGCAAGAUAUUGCAGUUUGUCAAGCUGGGUGUAGGACUCGGAGGAUUACAGUUGCAUGUGUGCAUUUCGACGCAUUGAAAGAAAUUAACAUCAUCACAUGCCCGUGUUUCCCUGUACCCCUCCAACUCCUUCGUCGCGGUCUGUUUCCAUGCGCUCCUCUCGCUCCCUCACUCUCGGUCGACUUGCGCAUUUUAGAGUUCAUCCGUCUUCUCUUCGUACGCCAGGCUCCCAACCAAACCGCGUGGUGCGAUGCGGUGGAAACCUUUCUAGAUGGAAUGGGGUACAAGUUGUCAUGCAAAAAUAACUUGCGUCGUCGUUUCAGCAAUACUUUCCACUGGUACCGAGUGCUGAGCAUCUUGGCUCGCAAUCACAUUUCUACUGUCAUCGCUGACGUUCGGAGGGGUCAGGCACAUAUCCCACUCAUCAAUCAGCCAUCUGAAUACCUUCAUUCUCGUUGCCUGCUUUAUUUUGGAGGAAAUGCUUGCCAUGGAGCAGAUGCUCGUUCUAUCCCAGACGUUGUUGUUUGCAUAGAUGCCUGCUUUACUCAAAAGUGUUCGACUAAUCCUCGCAAUACUAGCAGUAUUGACCCUCCUAAUCCGACUCCAACAUUCUUUCUGUCGAACGACGAUGUCAAAGCGAUGGAGGAUUUUGUAAAAAGUUGUCAUGGAGAAAGACGUCGAACACGAGCCUCAAGAGCGGAAGAGGAGGAGGAUCGCUAUGAAGAAGGGAUGCGUGUGCCAGUGUCUGUGUUGAAUGGAUGCGGAGAAUCCUUCGUUGCUGCAGACAAAAAGCGUGAAAAGGCAAGCCUGAUGACCCUUCUAUGCAGACAUGACCGUGUCCUCUGGCUUGUCAACCUCACAUCAGCAGGGGAAAAGCAACACUACGUGCUCGCUCUCCUGGACCAGUUCUGCCGAAAAUGGAAUCUUCUCAAUGACAAUACCCUAUCGCGCAUAUCCUUGGCUGUUGUGGUAUUCCAUGCCUAUGGCCAUCAAUGGCCCUGUCAGAUCAUCUACCAUCUGAGGAAGCGCAAGGGUUUUGGAUUGUCUGAUGGUGAGGGAUGUGAACGAUUGUGGAGUUCUCUCAAGCAACUCAUCCCAUCAUUACACAUUUCUGGGUUCCAUCAACGUCUCUUCGUCCUCGAUGUUCAAAUUCGCCACCUGGACACAAAAUCCAUCCAAGGCUACAGACAUUGGCUCCAUCGGCGAUGGCUACAUUGCCAGAUUAAGAAGAACAUGGCUCUGGACGGUUUACUGGACUUAGAUGUCAAUGAGGAUAUCCUUUGUGCUGAAUGGAAGGCGCAAAUUGCUCACCAGACCCGACCCAUCCCAUGGCAAUCCAAGAACAAGGCAGCAGAGGUCAUUACCACUAUUCUUGCGCUGGAGAAGACCCUGGAUGCUCACGAGAUUUCUGUCUGUGAGCUAGAGAUGCAGCUUUAUGUAGGUGCCGUUGCUAAUGUCGUGGAGUUCAAUCUGCAGCUCGCCAAUGCUCAGUCACGACGUGCCAAAAUUGCAGAUACCCUUCGACGUCGUAAGGCUACCCUUGGACCACAAGGACAGGCCGAUCUUAUGACAAUGAAGAAUGACAUCUACCUUACCAUCUGCUUGAAUGCUCGCGCAGUAAAAAAUCAUAUUAGGGACCGUCUCUGUCAACGCAAAUUUGAAUUGGAGAGGCUAGAGAGGUCGUAUCAAGCAACAGUAAAUGUUUCAACUUACAACAGCCUAUGUACUCAGCUACAGUCCCUCAUACGUCAACGGCAAGCUCCCCCAUCUGCUAUUCCCCCUCAUCCUAUUGCUCGUGAAGGCAUCUUCCUACUCGACGUGGAUGAUGAAAUCUGGCAAGAUAUUGGCCUCGACGAUGACAGCAUGCACCCGCCAGCAUGGUUAUCGGAUGAGGCCACCAGGUCUGGUAUUCGUUUACAGCUUGAAUUAGAUUGUUGCGUUGAGGAGGAGACUCGUUUGAUGCGAGAGCGGUCUGUGAUGCAGGAAUGGAUGUUAGCAGAGUGGGAGGCCAUCCAGACUGCAUUGAGAGAUCCUGCCAAUGAUCUCGUGAUACCAUUCCACCUCAGGGCCCGCGCAGAGGAACUUCUGUCCAUCUGUGUUGUCUGGAAGAACAAGGUUCAAGAGAUCCCUUGCACUUGGCCAGUUGAGAGUUGGGGUCCUACAAACGAGGAUUUGCUUCGAGCCGCUCGAGACCAGGUGCAGUCAUCAUUUUUCCAGGAUGAUGAUGAUGACGAGAGUGUCGGAGUGGUGGACGAGAGUGACGAGGAUGGUGAUCUGGCAUAUUCUGAGGUUAGAGAUGAUGAACUUAUGGAUGCGAUUGAGGAGGUUGCAUUAGCUGAUGAGUACAGGUAUCAGGAUGAGGACUUUAUUGAUGACAUUGACAUUGAGGAUAGUUUUAUGCCUUCGUCACCUACCAAAUUGAAACCUAAAAAAUGGCGCUGCAUAUAA